CAACAGCUGCGGGAUCCACACGAGCGGCCGAGCGGCCCCGGGAGCCCGAGCCGGGUGAGCGUGGGGGCGGUAGCGGCCUGCGAUGGUGAGAUGGGGCCUGAGAACAAGGCGGCGAUUCCCAAGGAGGAAGUCUCUGAGGAAUCCGAGCCACAUGGGUCAGUUCUAGAAAAACUUCCCUCAGUGGUUUACCGAGGCCACCAGUUUGUAGCUGCGUGUGAAGGGGAUGUACUGGAGGAACAUUCAAGACAGUCCACAGAAGAGGUUGUGGAGCGGAUGUCUCCUCAGAGGGGAGACUUUGCAUCAGGGUUGAUUGUCUUUAAGAAGUCACCCUCCAGUGAGAAUGACAGUGAAGGAGGCUGCAGUCCCAGCCUAGCCCUGGUGACACAUCAGGGAGACACGACAGCAGACGGAGUCGGUACAUUUGCUCCCUCUGGCCAAAACUUCAUAGACAAUUUAGAAUCCAACAAGACACCGAGAAGUUCUGUGGGAGAAAAGCCUCACACGUGCAAGGAAUGUGGGAAGGCCUUUAAUCAGAACUCACAUCUCAUCCAGCACACGAGAGUUCACAGUGGAGAAAAACCCUUUGAAUGCAAGGAAUGUGGAAAGACCUUUGGGACGAACUCAAGCCUUCGCAGGCACUUGCGAAUUCAUGCUGGAGAGAAGCCGUUUGCUUGUAACGAAUGCGGGAAGGCCUUCAUUCAGAGCUCCCAUCUCAUCCACCACCACAGAAUUCACACUGGCGAGAGACCCUAUAAAUGUGAAGAAUGUGGUAAAGCGUUCAGUCAGAACUCAGCCCUGAUCCUACACCAGCGAAUCCACACUGGAGAGAAACCUUAUGAGUGUAAUGAAUGUGGGAAGACCUUUCGGGUUAGCUCCCAGCUUAUUCAGCACCAGAGGAUCCACACUGAAGAAAGGUAUCAUGAGUGCAACGAGUGUGGCAAAGCCUUCAAGCAUAGCUCAGGCCUUAUUCGACACCAGAAAAUCCACACUGGAGAGAAACCGUAUCUGUGCAAUGACUGUGGGAAAGGCUUCGGCCAGAGUUCUGAGCUUAUUCGGCAUCAGAGGAUUCACACGGGGGACAAACCCUAUGAAUGUAACGAGUGUGGGAAGACUUUCGGCCAGAACUCGGAGAUUAUUAGACAUAUUAGGAUUCAUACUGGUGAGAAACCCUACGUGUGUAAGGAAUGCGGGAAGGCCUUCAGGGGGAACUCAGAACUUCUGCGACACGAGAGAAUUCACACUGGAGAGAAACCCUACGAGUGCUUUGAGUGUGGAAAGGCUUUCCGGCGGACCUCUCACCUUAUUGUCCACCAGAGAAUUCACACUGGAGAGAAACCCCAUCAAUGUAGCGAGUGUGCAAGAACCUUUUGGGACAACUCGGAGCUGCUUCUCCACCAGAAAAUUCAUAUUGGAGAGAAACCUUAUGAAUGUAGUGAGUGUGAGAAAACAUUCAGUCAGCAUUCCCAGCUCGUCAUCCACCAGCGAAUCCACACUGGCGAGAAGCCUUACGAGUGUCAAGAAUGUCAGAAGACCUUUAGUCGGAGCUCUCACCUGCUCCGACAUCAAAGUGUUCACUGUCUGGAGUGAUCCGCACGUAGGAAAGCUGUGUGUGGAAGUGCUGAAGUCAGACUUAGCUCAUUUGCUCAUAAUCAGAUGAGUGGACAGAACUUCCUCUGCCCUUCCACUGACUUUUUUUUUUUUUUUUUAAUUUAAACUGUUGGUUGCAAAGGAUGAGGCACUUUAUCAACCAUUCAUUGCAAAGUUUCAGUGUACUGAGCUAAUUCAUAAAAGCGGUUUCAGGCCUUAAAUCUUCUCUGCCCCUCUUUCCUUCCCUUCCUGCUCCCACAGCAGCUCAUGUAACGUUAGGAGCCUGUCCCGGCCAUCUAGCCUCAACUCCUGCUCAGGGGUGGUGUGGGCAGUGGGGGAACAGGAUUCCACCCCUCCUAAGAAACACAGAGUGACUCAUUGAAUAUGAUCCCCUAAAGUGUCAGGAAGUCCUCACCUAGAAAACACACCUCGUUCUGUCCCAUUUAGCAUUGGAGUCAUUCAGUAAGCUUUUAUUGUAGCCUCAGAGUCUGCCAGCCGUGUUCUCCAGCCCCUUAGAAGAGGAAUGCACGCAUAAAGAAGCAGGAAGCUUGGACCAUUUCACAUGUGCAGAGGGUACCAGGAAGGAGGAAUCGGACAGACAAUUUACAGGAUUGUCAAUGAAAGCCUUAGAGUGCAGAGGGGCUGGCUAGGCAAGGCCAGGGGAUGAAACAAUUGGGGCCAAACCACUCAGCAUGGGCAGAAGUGGCUCAUUAGCAGCUAUCCCCACAGACUGCUCCCAAGAAUCCUGCCACAUUCACUUUGGGCUCUAGCUCGUGCUGCUGCUGCCAGGUCCCUGUGUCAGGAGGUAGCAGAGUGGACUGCGCCAUCACCUCCACCAGACCUUGGGGUCAGUGAUCAGCCACUUUGUUUGACCAGGGACCUGGCCUUGCCAAAGCACUUAAGGGACCAUGACCCACAACCCCUGCUGCAGGGGCCCCUGGCUGAUGGGCUGGGAUGUGACUGUUUCUUCUUGGUUUGUGCUCGAGGUCUUAGAAUUCUUUUUGUUGAACAUUUCCACAUGUGUUCUCUGUGUUCUCUUGUAUGUUAUGUCUUUAGGGAAGCAUUCUCCAUGUGUCCUUGUUUGAGAGGUGGUGGGUGGCAGUGGGAAUUCCACUAAUGGGCUCCAACAGCCCGGGGACUGGUCUUGAACUAGACCUUGGUAGAAGCACUGUACUUGCCAGUCUCUAAUUUUAUCAUCUGUAAAAUGAGGGGAGUUGAAUCAAGUGCUCUAGGGUUACAACAAGCCCAAUAUGCCCUUGAUUCCUUUUUUAAAAUCUAAGUUUAUAUACCUUCAUUAUUCUAGUUUUUAUUCUCUUCUCUAUUAAACUAAUGCUAAUCAUCAAUGUUUUUUUAAAUGUUUACUAUGUGCCAGGCACAGUGCCAAUUUACAUUUUUAUUUUCACACACGUCUAUGAUGUGGAUACCUUUACAAAAAGAGUUUUACUACAGCUUCAUUUGCAUACCAUAAAAUUCACCUGUUUUAAGUGUUCAGUCAAGUGAUUUUUAGUUAAUUUACAGAGUUGCACAACUGUCAGUGAUGUGGAUUUUUUUUUUAAUUAAUUUAUUUGAAAGGCAUAGUUAUAGAGAGGCAGAGGCAGAGAGAGAGAAAGUCCUUCAUCCGCUGGAUCACUCCCCAAAUGGCUGCAAUGGCUGGAGUUGCACCCCAAAGCCAGGAGCCAGGAGCUUCUUCCAGGUCUCCCACACGGGUGCAGGGGCCCAAGGACUUGGGCCUUCUACUGCUUUCCCAGGCCAUAGCAGAGAGCUGGAUCCAAAGUGGAGCAGUCAGGACUUGAACAAAUGUUCACAUGGAACACCAGUGCAGUGUGGUAGGUGGCAGCUUAACCCGCUAUGCCACAAUGCCAGCCCCUUAAACAUUUUGAAAAAGGAACAGGCAUCACAAUUUCAAAGUCCUACCUAAGUACCCAAAAAUAACCUUUAGACUUCUUGAAGUUAUGACCAUGUACCCAUGUAUAUUUUCUUCUUUGUCUAAUCAAACUUAAUUUUAAUUGGUGUACUAACACCUUAGGUAAAUAAAAUAUAUCUAUAGUUUUACCGACAUGAUGCCUUUCUAAUGUGUAUUCCAAACUGCAUUGUUUCAUUAUGAUCUUAAUGUGGCUUUGUGUCCCAGUUUCAUCCCCACCCUGUAAGCCUUUACCCAGGUAUCCCAGCACUGUUGCUGGCUUCUGGUUUUGCAUCUGCUGCUCGCUCCUUGUCCUUGACCUGUGCUUCGCUUCCUGAGAUCUUUCAUCUUUCCUAACAGGCCAAGUGCUACCUAUUUGUGUACAUUUUUAUACACUAUUAACCUAAUGUAAGAUAUUCUGAGUCAAACGGUCCAGGUUUUAUUUUAUGUGAAAGAUAGAUCUCCCAUCUGCUGGUUCAUUCCUCAAAUGCCACCAACAGCCAGGCCUGGGCUAGGCCAAAGCUGGGAGCCGGGAACUGUGUCUGGGUCCCCGACCUGGGCGGCAGGGCCCCAGCUGCUUGAGCCACUCCUGCUGCCUCCCAGGAAGUGGAGUGGGGAACGCCAAGCCAGGCACUCUGAUGUGGGACGCUGGUGUUCGAGCAACGUAACUGUCAUGCCAAACACCAUCAGUGUUUUUAAAAAGCCACCUGUUACUCAGAGUUCAGGGCAUCCUGCCUACGAUUCGGUUUUUACCAGUGUUCUGAGUGACUCCCGGUCUAAGACUACGGCUGUUAAAUCAAGAAUCUUCCUUAAGAAUCACGAAAGCUCUGGCCAGAAAAACACGAUUCAGGGAACGCAGGAGCUUCCUGAAGCCCAACCUUGGAUCCUCGCAGUCCUUCACACGUUCCUAAGAGCAAACUUUUACCUUUAAAAAAAAAAAAAAUGAGUAACUUCAUAAUAAACUUCCUCACCGCAACCCCCUGCUCUGUCAAAACGACCCGCCGAGGGAAGCCCUGGGAGUGGACGCAGCUGCAGCCUCGGCCGGAGCCCCGUGGGAAGCGGCGGGGACGACUGUGGCGACAGCUCGAGGAGGGGCCUCCGGCCGGUGGGUGCACGGUCACCAACCACGGCCGACCGGCCGAGUCGCCUCUCUGGGAGGCCAGGAGAACCCCUCGUUUACUUGUGAUCGCCGCCGGCCCCGGGGGCGGGGCUGGAAGGCGCGGGGCGGAGC